AUGCUUGUGACGCGCGGAUUCUUGGGACUUGUGUCCAGCCUGCGAGUGCCAGCCAAAGGGCCUGUGAUGCCUAUUUGGAGCUCACUUAGGAUGUUAUCGAAUGUCCCAGAAAACGAGGCGGACGAUCAAUCUUCCCAGAAAAAGCUGGACCAGCUCGCUGAUUUUCUCGAGAGCCGUCCCCAAAAGGCCUCUCAGCAUUCACGAGGCCAUCGCCAGAAAGAGCAGCGAUCCCACUUGGGUGAUGCUCGCUUGAAUUUGCCAAACAAGGUGUUCCAGAAUGGUCACUACUAUGACCCACAAACGUUAAACCCAACUAACAUGAGCUCCAUACCCCCACGAGUACGAACCCCGCUGCUGGGACCAUCUAAGCGGGAAGCCAUGAAGAAUGACCCAUUUUAUUUACUCGGUAUUAACCCUGCUAAGCCAUCGCUGGCUGACGAUACCUACAAGAACGGUGCUAUCUUGUCGCAGUUCACUACGGAAAUGGGCCGGAUUCAAUCGCGCAAUGUCUCUGGGCUCACAUGCAAGAGUCAGCGCCAGAUCGGCAAGGCUAUUCGUCGUGCACGCGCUCUUGGUAUCCUGCCUGUCUUGAGCCGCGGUCAUGGUCGCGGCGGUGCUGGUUGGAGAUAG